AUGAAGUACUUUAGGACUUUGGAAAGAUACAAACGUUUGUACCUUUCAUCACUUGGGCUUCCUAUCACAGAGGAGCAGAUACAGGAGAUGAAAGCAAAUCUGGACAACAUUGACUUCAAGAUGGCAGCGGAGGAAGAGAAGAAGCUGCGUCAUGAUGUGAUGGCCCACGUUCACACCUUUGCCCACUGCUGUCCAAAAGCUGCAGCCAUCAUUCACCUUGGAGCAACUUCCUGUUACGUAGGGGAUAAUACGGAUCUGAUUGUCCUCCGUGAUGGGUUUAACCUGCUGCUACCCAAGCUCGCAAGGGUGAUCAGCCGGCUGUCCGACUUUGCUGAGAAGUAUGCUGACCUGCCUACUCUGGGCUUCACUCACUACCAACCUGCACAGCUCACCACUGUGGGGAAACGCUGCUGCUUGUGGAUUCAGGACUUGUGCAUGGACCUGCAGAACCUGGAGCGGGCUCGGGAUGACCUGCGCUUUCGGGGUGUAAAAGGCACCACUGGCACUCAAGCCAGCUUCUUGCAGCUCUUUGAGGGGGACCAUAGUAAAGUUGAAGAGCUGGACAGAUUAGUGACUGCAAAGGCAGGAUUUAAGCGGUCUUACAUGGUCACAGGGCAGACCUAUAGCCGCAAAGUGGAUAUUGAAGUCCUGUCUGUCCUGGCCAGUCUUGGGGCAUCUAUACACAAGAUUUGUACUGACAUUCGUCUUUUGGCCAACCUGAAGGAGAUAGAGGAGCCUUUUGAGAAAGACCAGAUUGGUUCAAGUGCUAUGCCCUACAAGAGGAAUCCAAUGCGUUCAGAACGCUGCUGCAGCCUGGCUCGACACCUGAUGACUUUGGUGUUGGAUCCCCUCCAGACAGCCUCUGUGCAGUGGUUUGAGCGAACGCUGGACGACAGCGCCAACAGGCGCGUGUGUCUUGCUGAGGCUUUCCUCACAGCUGACAUCAUUCUGAGUACACUGCAGAAUAUCUCCGAGGGACUUGUGGUAUAUCCAAAGGUGAUUGAGAGGAGAAUCCGGCAAGAGCUGCCGUUCAUGGCCACAGAGAAUAUAAUCAUGGCAAUGGUGAAAGCAGGAGGCAAUCGUCAGGAUUGCCACGAGAAGAUCCGUGUUCUUUCCCAGCAAGCAGCUGCUGUUGUGAAACAGGAAGGGGGUGAUAAUGACUUCAUUGCCCGUGUCCGCGCUGAUCCUUACUUCAGCCCUAUCCAUAAACAACUUGAAAGCCUGUUGGAUCCCUCCUCCUUCACUGGCCGUGCUCCUCAACAGGUGGCAAAGUUCCUGAAAGAGGAGGUUCGACCAGCGCUGAUUCCAUACCAAAGCAAGAUGGGUGGGAAAAUCGAGCUGGCACUUUAGGUAUAUUCUGCAAAGGUGUGUGGGUACAGGAAGAUAAUAAAAGCCUUAUUGAACCAGGUCUGUUUACUGUGUCAUGUUAUUUUGGUUCUCUACAGUACGUUUAACCCCCAGAGCUUACAGCCACCUUGAUUCCAGAUGGGCUUUUCAUUCUUUGCUGUUUAAUCAAGCCUCCAUCUAUUGUGUGCUGAGGUACUGAGAAACAGUUGAUUGUGACAAGGUAACUUCAUCACAGUACCUUUCAUUGGCCCCUUAUAGAGCACUACCACCUGUUUAAAGAGCAAUGCCAGGUGCUGCCUGACACUCAUGUAUGA